AGCGAUUACUGCGUUUCGUCGAAUUCGAAAGUGCAUUUUGCAUUUUCAAGGAAAUUAAAGAAAUAACCUUAAAUUAGUUUUUUUGAAACCAUUAUUGCUUAGAAUCGCAACUUAAUAGAACUUAUUACAAUAUCUACUACUUAAUUAAUUUUCAAGGGACUUUGAAUAGCUGUGUUGUGAAAUAAAAGUGCGAAGAUUAUAAAUUGCAUCUGACUGAUUGACAGAUGCAUAAUUUAUUUCUGUAAUUCGAAAAUUGUUUUGUGCAGAUCUUGAUUAAAUGAUUUGCCGAAAGUACGGUACGUCGAUGCUUUAGUGACCGUAAAUCACAUUAAAAUAUAGGUAAUUUCGACCGCGACUAUGUCUCUUCGCAGUUUCUACAGAGGACCCUGUAAUUCACAGGAGAUAUGUGAAGGACAACCAAACAUAAUUAUUCAUUGAGGUGCACAUGAUGUCCGCAGUCAGUGGGGAGCCCAUGCUACGCCGCGUCAAACAGGAAACGGAUCCGUCGCCGCAGUACUCGCCCCCCGAGCCGCAGCCCCCACACCCCCAGCCGCUGCACCCCCGACCGAUGCCCUUGAUGCAGCCGGAGGUACCUAUGCCUCUCCAACAGUUGGAACUCGAGACUAAGGACGUGAAGUUCUGCGUUUCGCCCGAGGACGGCACGAUCGUGGGCAACACCAGCCCUGAGCAGCAGCACUGUUCGUCGACAACCGCGGCCGCCGCCAGCGGCAACCGGGACGAGGACACGCCGCGCAGGCGGUGCCUCGUCUGCGGGGACGUCGCCUCCGGCUUCCACUACGGAGUAGCCAGCUGCGAGGCUUGCAAGGCGUUCUUCAAGAGGACCAUACAGGGCAACAUCGACUACACUUGUCCGGCGGCGAAUGAGUGCGAGAUCAACAAGCGGCGGCGCAAGGCGUGCCAGGCGUGCCGCUUCCGCAAGUGCUUGCGCACCGGGAUGCUGCGCGAGGGCGUGCGCCUGGACCGCGUGCGCGGCGGCCGCCAGAAGUACCGCCGCGCGCCCGAGCAGGCCCAGCCCAGGGUGCAGCUCGACGACAUCAAGGUGCUGGAGGCGCUGCUCUCGUACGAGCCGGAGCCGUUCGCGUGCUCGGCGGCGCCCCCCGGCGUGACGGAGCCGGCCGCGCGGACGCUGGCGCUGCUCGCCGACCUGUACGACCGGGAGCUGGUCGAGAUCAUCGGCUGGGCCAAGCAGAUACCCGGCUUCACGGACCUGCAGCUCAACGAUCAGAUGCGCUUGUUACAAAGCACUUGGGCCGAGAUGCUGAGUCUCAUGGUGGCGUACCGCUCGAUGUCCAGCGGCGCCAACCUCAAGCUGCGGUUCGCUUCGGACCUCACGCUGGACGAGCAGGAGGCCCGCGACAUCGGGGCCACCGAUCUGUUUCUACAGGUGUCGGGCGUGGUGCGGCGGCUGGAGCGCGCGGGCGCCGUGCGCGAGGAGUGCGUGCUGCUGAAGGCGCUGGUGCUGGCCAACUCGGAGGCGCGCCUCGACGAGCACCUCACGCUGCGCCGCUUCCGCGAGCAGAUCCUGCAGGCGCUCAACGAGGCCGUCGCCGUGCUGCGGCCGUACGGCGCCAACUCCGCGCUGCAGCAGCUGCUGCUGGUGCUGCCGGCGCUGCGCCACGCGGACGUGGCCGUGCGCCGCUUCUGGGCCGCCGUGCACCGCGACCGCCGCGCGCCCAUGAACAAGCUCUUCGUCGAGAUGCUCGAGGCCUGUCUGCGGUAAGCCGAGCCCGACCUCCGUGCGCGACGACUGUUAAUCAUCAAUGCUCCGCGCCUGCCGACCGUCUAUAUAACACACCCGGGAGCCACAUAAGCAAACAGGCGGAAUCCUAAAACGCUAUCAACAACUCGUUGAUAUUAAUAAAUUACAAUUAAUCACUUGAAUAAACAUUAUCAGAGGUUUUUUUUUGGAGGUAACCGCUAUAAAUAUCUCUUAUUAUUGACAUUCAAAUUGAUGAGUAACAGUUGUUUGUUUAACGAACGGUUCGAUGGCACGGUCCUCCCAGUCAGCGCCGGGCCGCGACGCGGAAGCGAUACAAACGUCAUCACAAAUCCACAUAUCACGCGACGCGUUCGCCCCUCCCCCUUUUCCCCCGCCCCCAAUCCUUUAGUUCGCAUUUAACCCCAUCCCGUCCCCCCUCGGUCCCGCCCGAUACCGAUCCCUUUAAGGCUCGUUUACACAAGGCGAAACCGAAGCUCGUCGAGUUCGUUUGAACCAAGCAGGAAUGCGGAGGAAGGGGCCUUGUGUAAAUCCGCCGUUAGUCUGUAGUUUAUGGCUGUGAUGUGUACGUAGUGCUGUGACGUCACGGGCGGCCGCGGGCCCGGCGUCGUCGAUGUACAAAAUGAUGGACGAUACUAGUACAAAAAAAAAAACUUGUUACUAUUUUUGUAUAAUAUUAAAAAAUAUAUUUCUAGAUUUUAGUGUGCGAAUCUACGAGAUUAUUGCGUUGUAUGGUCGCGGGGAUAAUGUACCUUUGAGUUGGUGUUUACUGUUUGUUGAUUAAACAUGAACAAAUGAAAAAAAAAAAAAUUAUAUUGUAUUAGAAUUGAUAUCUUGUACAAAUUGAAAGGUUUAUUAAGUAAAGAUUUUUCUAUUGUCAAAAAAUAAAAAAUAUCUAGGUUGUUAUUUGAAAUGAUUUUGGUGCUCUCAAUAAAAAAAAAAAAAACUUAUCGUAUGUAACCUAUCUAUGAUUUUGGAAUCAAACGUUACUCGAGUCGAUAGAAUUGUGCGACAAGUCUAGACUUCGUGAAUGCUUUAAAAGUUUUAGCCUAAAUAUUUCAGAACUUAGUUCCGUUCUCCUCAUAGUGUAAAGGUUGCGUUCUUUCAACUAGAUAAAGGUUAUUUUUAAACGAUUAUUUUUAAUCGAUUAAACCUCCGGCCAAUGUUGAGUAAUAAAAGAUUAUUGACAGAACAUCAUAAAUUUAUAUAUGUUUAAAUGUAUAUUAAGGCGGGAUUAUUGUUAGUGAAAUGAUACCUUAACUACAUCAUUGUAUAAUUUAAUAAUAAAAUGUGUUGCUGAAUUUAGUACAAAAUCGAUUGAAAAUAUCGAUAUUUAUAUUUAAGAAUCGAUAUUGUUUCCCCGACCGUACUCAGCAGGAUUUGAUUUCUCGUCAUGGGCCGUAUUCGGCGCAUUUAUGUUACAGCGUUUUUUUUCUUGUUUUUUUUUUCAAAUACAUGAUGUACAUCUUCUAACAUGCUCUAUCGGAAACAUGGCAACGUCACUAUCGAAAACUUGCAUAUAUCGAUAAAAAUCAUCGACUUAGUUUGCAUCAAAUAAAACGAAUGAUAGCAAGGAAUAGAUGAUUUAAAGUUAGUAGCUUUUUUUUUUAAUUACUAUUCUUAACUUCAAAGUAGCACAAAAGAUUAAAACAAUAAAAAAAUACAAACCAAACUUUGAGCCGAAACAAUUAAAAUUCUCUAUCGAUCGAAUUAAUUGGGAAUUGCAAUUUUGUAAGGUUAGACUUGGUCAUUCUCAAAAUUUAAAAGUAAAAAUCAAGACUUUGGUUAUUGCAAUAAACAACAUAUUGACAUUGCCACAAGUUCCGCUGUCAGUCAAAAUGUUAAAUUCGAAAUCUAAUUAGUCUAUAUAUUUCGUAUCGCUGUUCCGCUAAUCUGUAAAAUAAAUUUAUUGACGGAGUAAUUUAUAUUAUUGUAAAGAUGGUACAAAAGAAAAAAGCUAAAAAAAUAAAACAAUAAUGCUGUUUAAAAAUGCUAAAUUUAAAUUUUAUAUACAUAUUUAUUUAAAAACUGAGUGUUGUGUUAGUGGGACAGUAUUUAUGUAGAAUAUUUCUUAAUUAGGUUUUAUAAUCGCUGAGGAACACACGUAUGAUAAUAAUAGUAUAUUAACCUAUACAUAUAAAUAAAAUUGGAGUGUAUGUUUGUAGUACUGAGAUAACCGCUUUUUACUACAUGCAUAUGAAUAUAUAUACGGUACCAUACACCGUAUACAACAAAAUAACAUUUUUUACUAUUUUUGUCUGUCUGUCUGUUGUUCCGGCUAGUCUCUGGAACGGCUGGACCGAUUUUGGAGACUUUCACUGACAGGUAGCUGAUGAUAUAAUGAGUAACUUAGGCUACUACUUUUUUUAAACUAGCUUCGCCCCGAGGCUUCACCCGCGGUACGACUAAUAACCGCGGGUAACAUCGCGGGACUCAGCUAUCAUCAAUAAUAAAAUUUAAUGUUUCCGAAGCGAAGCGAGGGCUUUUCGCUAGUAUUUUUAAAUAAAUUAUUACAUAAUAAUAGUAUCUGUUUGCAAAACAAUGUGUUUCAAAUAACACAUGUCAUUCAGAUACAGGUUUAAAAGAGCUAUAUUCAAUUAUUUGUACACAUUUAUUUAGUGACAAUUAUAUUUUUUAGUGACAAAAAAUGAACCAAGAUUACAAAACCUAAGCUAAGAGAUAUUGAACAAAUGAAAUUUAAAUACCUCGUAGAACUGUUACCGAGCACAUAGUUUUAAUAAUAGUAUGAGAGUUAUCAAGUUUCCUAUAUUUUAUUAUCAAUGUAUACAUAUAUAGUUGUACGCAUUGCACACAGGUCCAAUGUUUUUAAAACAGAAAUAUAUUAUUAUUCAAUUCUUAUCAAAUAAGAUUCUGUUUACUUUAUGUUCAAUAGUCAAGUCGGUAUGUUAAUACAUUUCAGAAUUUAAUUAUUUGGCUUUGUAGUUAUUGCAUAGUAACACACAUUAAGAGAGUUUUUGACUGAGUGAAGUGAAUGAUGAUGAUUUAUUUAUUUUGUUUCAUUUAAUCUGUGAAUAGGUUUCGGGAAUUUAAAAGGGAUAUUGUCUUCUCAGGUUCUUUCCAAAAAUUGUAUUGAAAUAUCUCAGUAAAUUCCUGUUUUACUGAUGAUUAUUACAAUAAUUAAGACAGGCUAGAACUUCAAGAAACCGAUGACCGUAAAAAAAUAAAAAAAUAAAUCACACAGAUUAUAUUUUUAUUUGUGAAUUUUCGUUGUUCUGUUGACAAAGUAACAAAAUGGAUGAAUAGUUAUAACUGUAUACGUGUUGCGCUACUUAAAAUGGGUAAAGCUUUUAAAGCUUUGCUUGUCUAUGUUCAAACGAAGUUUUAGACUAAAAUCUUUCGUUCUUUUUGAACCAUAAAUCGUUGUAAAUAUUUAUAAUAGGUUUAAUAUUAUUAUUGUGUUAGAUUACGUUAAAUAUUAUUAUUAAGCAUUUUAAUAUAUGCUUAUGUUUGUUAAGAAUAUGUAAUCUGUGACAUAUUUCGUUGUUAGUGGAGGGGGUUGAUUCUUAGCUCAAACACGCGGAGGUUUUAAAUAAAAAAAAAUCUUCCCUACCAAUUCACUGGUAGCCUAAGGGGUUAUUCUAGAUACGCCCUGAUGGGUAGGUGAGCUCACAGGCACAACCUGAGAGAAUUUGUUAACACUAGCCUUAGCAAGAACAAUACUGCGACCCACUGAGAAGAUCCAGCGAGAAAUUUACGAGUUAAAAUAUCGUGUAUAUUUUGUUGUCAGUACAAUAAUUAUUGUAUUUAGCGAGAACAUCCGCGCUCCCAGUAUGUAACAUACGGAAACGCGAAAUCGACCUUGAUCAUAAUAAUAUCAUCAUAUAAAAGAAUCAACGAAUACACAUGUCUAAAGAUGAAAAUGUUUCAAAUCUUAUUCUCUUUAUUUUUUUAAAUAUGGAGUUACGUGUGAAGUGAGAAAAUAUCUUUAUUUGUUCUUGCUACGUUAUGUUUUCCUCAACGUGUUAUAAUUACCCGUUUUCGUGGUUUGAACAAGUUUUAUUCAGAUUUUAGACACAAGUUGGUUAUAUUAAGCUUACGAACACAAAUUGAUGGGAACUAUUCUGAAACAAUCAUGGCAUUUGGAGGUUUGACUGAACGUGAAUAAGUUUAUUCGCUAAUAAACUAUUGUGGAUUAUCAAAAAGAAGAAAAAUGAACAAAGAUUCGAAAUGAUUGUACCUACUUGUAGUUGUUUUUUAUGUGACGAAUGUUUGUAAUGUAAUUUUAAUUUAAGGAUUUUGUUUUAUGAAUAAGAGGUCUCGGGGAGAUACGAAUGUGCCAGAUUUAUUAGUAGUUUUAUUAUAAAUACGUUAUCUGUUAUUAUGUACGUUGUUGGUCUGCGAUCACAUGAAGGUUUAUCGAUGGGAUACUUUCUUUUUUUUUCAAUUAUAUUAAUAAUAUAUUAUGUCGAUGCCGCGAUUCUUCAUUUGCACGGAACAAAAGUGACAAAAUAGGAGUCAUCUAUCACUCCUGGGUUAAAAAUGCUUUGUAAUAUUAAGUAUUUGUAUAUUAAGAUUAUUUUCAAAUUAAAUUUUCAGUUUUAAGAAUUUUCUAAUGUAUUUUUGGCGCACCACAUGUAAAUACAUGUUUUUUGUGCCAAAAAUACAGAAAAUGAUUUAAUAAAAAUGUGGAAAUCGGAAAGAUAAAAAUAUCAAACAUAAACAAAAAUAAUUGCAUUUUAAUGUUAAUGAGGUUUGCAUUUUAAUGUGGACUAACCGACCGGUCUGAUUUCAAGGUUUUUUCUUCACAAUUUUUUUCCGAAUGAUGACAAAAGAAUGUAAUUUCAUUUUUAUUUAUAUAUAUGCAUAAUAUAUGCUCUGGACUGCGUGUUAUCAAAGAAUAACAUCGCAGCGCGCACACGAUAUUCUUAUGCUCAACAAGUCCCUUCCCGCGGUAGGACCGCUUUGUUUACGUGAAACUGACCGCGGUCAAUGGCGUAUUUGUCUUAUUUUUUUUAUAAAAAAAGGUAAUCUUUUGUUUAAUUUAUGAUGUUCUGAUUUUAGUGAGUAGAGCACGUUUUAAUCGAAAAGCGUCGAUGUUCGUUUUUGGGCAGCUAAUCUGCUUGUCAAUGAUCGACCGCAGCCAUUUUGACUGACAUUGAAUUUAUGUUAUGUUUUUAGCAUUCAAUUUAAGAGUAAUCUCGGAUCAAAUGUUAGUUGUAGAGCGAGUGCCCUGUGUCUUAGUUUCGUAUUUAUAAUGUCAAAAAGAAAAUAAAAAAAAUGUACCUAAACUUUUUUUCUUUACAUAAUGUUAUUAUUGUAUGUGAACCGGUAACGGAAUAAUGUGAAAUAAAAAUAUAUGAAACUGA